CCUAACGCGGCUGGUGGUGUGACGUCCUAACUCUUCCUGCCCAGCAUGGUUGCGUCCCUGUGGUUCCUGGGGGUGUGUGUGCUCACUCUGGCUCACAUCGCCCCCUCCAGCCAAGCUAUGUCCCGGGCCGCCAUGCCGUUCGGGCUGCUGCGCAGGGAGCUGGCGUGCGAGGGUUACCCCAUAGAGCUGCGCUGCCCAGGAAGUGAUGUCGUGAUGGUGGAGACCGCCAACUAUGGACGCACCGAUGACAAGAUCUGUGACGCAGACCCUUUCCAGAUGGAGAACACGCAGUGUUACCUCCCUGACGCACUCAAGAUUAUGGCACAGAG